GAAAUAAAAAGCAAAGAGAAAAAGAGAGGGUUUAAAACUUGUUUUCGCUCUUCUCCAGAGAAACAUUCCGUUUCGGCAUUUUGAUUUUUGAAUUUCUUUUUUCGCUCUCUCUGCUCGAUUAGAUCUGUUCCUGUGAUUGUUUGUGUUUAUCGUUGCUCACGCCGUCGAUUUUCCGGGAGGAGGAGUUCUCGUUGCCGUUCGAAAAUGCCGGCGACUGAUGCUGAGUUCGAUCUCAAAGCUUUAUCUCAGUCUGCGACGGGGGAUUACACAUUCGCAAAUGUGGACAACUUGGAGCAUUGUACCAAGUACUUGAACCAGACGAUGGUUACAUUUGGAUUUCCCGCCUCGCUCGAUCUCUUUUCCAAUGAUCCGGUUUCCAUCUCAAGGACCUGCAACUGUAUGUACUCGUUGCUGCAGCAGAGACAGCGUGACUUAGAGUUUAGAGAAUCUGCUAAUGAGCAGAGGCAGAGACAACAAUCGGAUAUAGCUAGACUUGAAGCUAAAGUUGAGAGGCUUGAUGCGCAACUCCAACACAAGGACAGGGAAAUUGCAACAAUUACUAGAACGGAAGCCAAAAACACAGCAGCUUUAAAGUCCCAGAUUGAAAAGCUACAGCAGGAGAGGGAUGAAUUUCAAAGGAUGGUGAUCGGUAACCAGCAAGUCAAAGCUCAACAGAUACAUGAAAUGAAGAAAAAGGAAAAGGAUUACAUUAAGUUGCAGGAACGGUUGAAUCAAGUUUUGAUGGAAAAAAAGAAAGAAUCAAGAUCAGGAAUGGAGAUUAUGAAUUUGCUACAGAAAGAAGGGAGGCAGCGUGGGACCUGGAAUGGCAAGAAGACUGAUACUGACUUUUACAAAAAGAUAGUGGAUGCAUAUGAAGCGAAAAACCAAGAAUUAAUGGCUGAGAACACUAAUCUAAGAGCAUUACUUCGAUCCAUGCAGACAGAUAUGCGUGAUUUCUUAAAUGCUCCAAACGGGUCAGCUAAUCCUUCAUUGGCUGGCAAUGAGAAACGCGAGGCUGAUCCUUCACAAUCUCCACUGGGUGGAAAGACGGAUGUCUUUGAUCUACCUUUCCGGAUGGCUAGAGGUCAAAUAGAAGAGAGUCUGCGCACUAAGAUGGCUUCCAUAAAGGAACGCAUGGUCCAGUUACAAGAUGCACCUAAAGGAGCAUCUGUUACUUCAGAAGCAACAGAAAGAGAGCUUGAACUUGAAGCUCAGCUUGUCGAGGCAAGAAGCAUAAUCCAAGAACAGGAGUCCAUAAUGUCUAAACAUCUCCCAAAAUCAGGGCAGCAACGGGAAACUAAGGUUCCAUUGAAAGCUGAGGGAGUAUGAAUAUAUCGAAAAACCAUGGAUCCAAGUUGCUAAAAGGGACUCGUCACAACAACAACAAAAACUUAGUCUUAGUAUUGUAUUCACCAUCACCAAACUUCUCCUUGGAAAUCUAGUUAUGUAUAUUAAACUUUUAGCUGUGUAAGGAUCAGAGAUCAUUUCUCUUUUGGGAUAUCAAAAUCUGAUGUAUGAUCGGCUCUAUUGUUUGUGAAGUCAAAAUUGGUAGUUUAUGUGACAUUAUCCAUUAUCAUUAUCUACUAAUAACUAAUAACACAGUAAAUCAG